UCCUCCCACUUGCUUUCUGAUUUUUUUUGAGCUCAAAGAAGAAGAACCCUAAAAAAUUUCAUCGAUGUGAUUUGAUUCUUCUUUGAUUUUUUGUGUGUGUUUUUCAAUUUUCAGCUGUAAAAUCGUGUUGUUCUUGUUGGUGUUUCUGUUCACUGUAUCAGUGUUUUUUGCUUACUUCUGAAGCAAAAGUUAGGGUUUGGUGAAGAAAAAAUGCCAUUGAAGACGAAGAAACCAGAUUCGAUCCGAGAAGAUGAGUGUUUAUUCGCCGUUGAAUACGACGGUCCACCGUUAUCUUACGACAUCCCUCGUGCUGUCCCGAUUAAUAUGGAGAGAAUCCCCGUCGCCGCCGUGGUUUCUCCGGUAUGUAUCUCCGAUAACAUGUCGUUUCCUGUGAUUCAACCGAUUCUGGCCGUGGAUAGAAAGUUUUCGAGAGAGAUGGUGGUUGUUCCUUCUUCGGUUUCUCCGACCUCUGUGAUUGGCAAUUGCGGAGUAUCCAGUGACAUUGAAUUGGGAGUCUCCGAUUCCACCACCGUUUCGCCUACUUCCGUCAUCGUUUUCGAGGAGCAGACGGAGGAAGAAGGCGGCUCGAACUGUGAGUUGUCCGGCGAGUUGGUUAAUCAUCAGGAAUCGAGAACGCUAGAUUUCUGUGAUAGUUUUGAGCAGUCUAGGGUUAGUUCAGUGAGGUCAAAGGAAGAGAAAGAGAGCUUUGAUUUGGAUUUGAAUGAAUCUUCUAAUGAAUCAGUUCUGAGUAUGGAUUAUCCAUCUUCAAGAGUUACUGGGGAUUGCGUCAGUGAAACACAUGGAGAUGGUAAGAAGCAACAAGUUGUUACUUUCUUGGGUAUUGCCUCUGAUGAUGGCUUUGAGGAAGAGGAUUGUAACCAGAAGCGUGUCCGGGUUGUGCCGGUUAAGAAACAGCCUCAGACCAAAGGGAAAAAAGGUUCUUGUUACAGGUGUUUCAAAGGAAGCCGGUUUACGGAGAAGGAAGUUUGUCUUGUUUGUGAUGCCAAGUAUUGUAGCAGCUGUGUGCUUCGUGCUAUGGGUUCUAUGCCUGAAGGAAGGAAGUGUGUUACUUGCAUUGGUUGUCCGAUAGACGAAUCGAAGCGAGGGAAUUUAGGGAAAUGCUCUAGGAUGCUUAAGAGGCUGCUCAAUGAUUUGGAGGUGAAACAGAUUAUGAAGACUGAGAAGUUUUGUGAGGCUAAUCAAUUACCGGCUGAGUAUGUGUACGUGAAUGGGCAACCUCUCUACCAUGAAGAGCUGGUUACACUUCAGACUUGCGCUAAUCCUCCAAAGAAGCUUAAACCAGGGGAUUAUUGGUAUGAUAAAGUGUCUGGACUUUGGGGAAAGGAGGGAGAGAAGCCCUAUCAGAUAAUUAGUCCCCAUCUGAACGUUGGAGGUCCUAUUAGUCCAGAAGCUAGCAACGGAAACACUCAAGUUUUCAUAAACGGACGCGAGAUUACAAAAGUGGAGCUACGAAUGCUGCAGUUAGCAGGAGUUCAGUGUGCAGGUAACCCCCAUUUUUGGGUGAACGAGGAUGGAUCGUAUCAAGAAGAAGGACAGAAGAAUACCAAGGGAUACAUAUGGGGCAAGGCUGGGACCAAGUUACUUUGUGCUGUAUUGUCACUUCCUGUUCCAUCCAAAUCAACUGCGAAUGCUUCUGGGGAACAACUCUACAGUGCGAAUAGCAGAAGCAUUUUGGACCAUCUUGAGCAUAGGACUUUGCAAAAGAUUCUGUUGGUUGGAAGCAGAGGUUCUGGAACUAGCACAAUAUUCAAGCAGGCAAAGAUCCUUUACAAGGACAUACCAUUCUUGGAGGAUGAGCGAGAAAAUAUAAAGGUGAUUAUCCAGACCAAUGUGUAUGGUUAUCUCGGUAUGCUUCUUGAGGGCCGGGAGCGGUUUGAAGAAGAGGCUCUUGGUGUCAUGAACGCAAAGCAGUUCGAAAAUAGUCCUGGAGAUGAAGGAGAUUCUAAAAGCAACAUCAAAACCUUGUACUCCAUUGGCCCAAGGCUUAAAGCAUUUUCUGAUUGGCUAUUAAAGACUAUGGCUGCUGGAAACCUCGGGGUCAUUUUCCCCGCUGCUACUCGCGAGUACGCCCCACUGGUUGAAGAGUUAUGGAAAGAUGCAGCGAUCCAAGCUACAUACAAGCGAAGAAGUGAACUAGGACUCCUUCCCAGUGUCGCUAGUUACUUCCUGGAACGGGCUAUCGACGUAUUGACACCAGACUACGAGCCAUCGGAUUUGGAUAUAUUAUAUGCAGAGGGAGUUACUUCGUCCAGUGGUCUAGCUUGUCUUGAUUUUUCAUUUCCACAGACUGCAGCUGAAGAGAAUAUUGAUCCUUCCGAUCACCUUGAUUCUUUGCUUAGGUACCAGUUAAUAAGAGUACCCUCGAGAGGCCUCGGAGAAAACUGCAAAUGGAUAGAUAUGUUUGAAGACGUUGGGAUGGUUGUGUUUGUUGUUUCAAUGAGCGACUACGACCAGGUUUCAGAAGACGGAACCAACAAGAUGUUACUCACCAAGAAACUCUUUGAAAGUAUUAUCACUCACCCAAUCUUUGAGCAUAUGGACUUCCUCUUGAUACUCAACAAGUACGAUCUCUUGGAAGAAAAAGUCGAACGUGUUCCUUUGACACGCUGCGAGUGGUUCCAAGACUUCAAUCCCGUGGUCAGUCGUCACCGUUCAAAUAACGGUAACCCUACUUUGGGUCAGCUCGCGUUCCAUUACAUGGCGGUUAAGUUCAAGCGGUUUUACUCUUCCUUGACUGGGAAAAAGCUGUUUGUUUCUUCGAGCAAGAGUUUGGAUCCGAACAGCGUUGAUUCUUCGCUCAAGUUAGCUAUGGAGAUUCUGAAAUGGAGCGAGGAGAGAGCGAACAUUUGCUUGAGUGAUUACUCUAUGUACAGCACUGAGCCAAGUUCCUUCUCAAAUUAAUGUAUUCUCACAUUCAUGAAGAACAAAGGAAAAGAGAAAAAACAGAGUCUAAUGUAAAUGGUAACUACUUUCUUGUGUAUAGAUUACCUACCACGUAGAUUAUAACAAGUAUGAAUUUACAGACCGAUCUCUUUGUAAAACAAUUACAAUUUAACUGAUUCUUCUU